AGCAGCUAAGUGAUUGACAGCUGAGCCGCUUAAAGCCUCAGAAACUCCGCAGCGCUCAGAAACAGCACAGCCGGGCCGCUUUAAAACCGCAAACCUAAGGAUUUACACACGUUUCUGGACAGUUACACGCGUUUUAACCGCUUUUCUUCUCACUUUGGGAAUAACGAGCAACAGUUAGAGAGGCAGCCGAGGUUUCAUCCUAACAGGGACAAUGCAACAGAAACAUCUGAGUCAUGGCGUCUGUUGUCUUCCUGGCAGUUUUAAAAUCUUCCAUGUCUAAGGGAGUGCAGACAGCAGGCUCGCUCAUCCAUGACAUCACAGCAGCAGCAGCAGUGCAAAGGCUAGCGGCUAGCUGCCCACCAAGCCCGGGACCAGAGACUGAUCCUGGGCUUAGGGAGCCAGGUAAUGACCCUCAGUCCUUCCAUCAGACAGCCUCCACGCAUUGAGCCGGAUCAUGCUUUAGCUCCCUGACAGUCAGUCAAAAUGAUGGCCUCGGUGGUAAUCGGGGGACAUCGGAAGAAGUCCCUCACGUUGAGAGGUGUGGACCCAGAGACCUGCAUGAUCGUAUUUAAGAACCACUGGGCACAGGUGGUGAAGAUCCUGGAGAAACACGAGCCGAGUCGCAGCAGCACCAGCGCACUGAGUUUCCUCACAGGUCAUGGUAGCAGCGGCGGCAGCAGCAGCUCCGGAGCGCUACGUCUAGGCCCCAUCCCGGCCGACGAGGCCAGCGCCGUCCAGAACUACGUGGAGCACAUGCUCUUUCUACUGAUGGAGGAGGAGGCGGGCCAAGGGGGAGCGAUGGGUCCGAUCCUGGAGUUUGUGGUCCUUGAGGGCGUGAUGGAGAGGCUGUUUCUGUGGAGCCUGAGGAGGCAGUUCACUGAAGACAUGAAGCUAGAGCAACUCAGGAUGUACCAGAUGCUUUUGUCUCAGGCCAAACAGCCUUUGCUGCACCAUAAACCGGUUCUGCGGCCGCUCAUGAUGCUGCUCGCCUCCUGUGCUGGAGCUGCAACCGACACUGGCGGCGUGGUGGAGGCGGAGCUAGUCCUCCUGCUGAACCAGCUCUGCGUGGCUCUGGUCAAGGAUCCCUCAGUGCUUGAACUGUUCUUUCACACCAGCGAGGACCAGGGAGCUGCUAACUUCCUGCUCUUCUCCCUGCUCAUCCCAUAUACACACAGGCAGGGAUUGGUAGGUCAACAGGCCCGAGAUGCUCUGCUGCUCAUCAUGUCUCUGUCUGCCUCUGAGCCUCGAGUCGCCCAGCACAUUGCAGAGAACACAUACUUCUGUCCUGUGCUGGCCACGGGUCUGUCCGGUCUGUACUCGUCUCUUCCGGCUCGGCUGCAGGUUUACAGCGAGGACUGGCACUCUCUGGACCAGGCGGACUGGCAGCAGGUUCCUGCUCUGGUCCACUUUUUGCACUCUCUGGACUUUUGUAGUGCUGUUACCAAGGUGGCUCAUCCGUCCAUCCGCUCCCAGCUGCUUGGUUACAUCUACAAUGGCUUCCUGGUGCCUGUCCUCGCUCCGGCUCUGCACAAGCUGACGGUGGAGGAAGUGAUGACUACCACAGCAUACUUGGACCUGUUCCUGCGCUCCAUCUCUGAGCCCGCCCUCCUCCAGACCUUCCUCUCCUUCAUCCUGCUGCACACACACGACAACGUUCACAUCCUGGACACACUGGUCAGCAGGGUCAACACACCUUUCCAGUUGGGCACAGUGUCGCUGGCUCUGUUCAGGACUCUGAUUGGGCUCUUCUGUGAAGAUGUCAUGCUGCAGCUGGUCUUCAGGUAUCUGAUUCCCUGCAGCCACCUGAGCAGGAAGCAGCGCUGCUUCUUGAAGCAGAGGGACUGUUACUCCUGCAGUGCUGCCUCCUUCCUACUGCUGAUGCCCUCCUGGUGUCCUGUGCAGCUCCAAAACUCACUCACACAGUCAGAGCACAUCCACUGGCCCAAAGGAACCGAUCUGUCAGUGUCAGACAGCGUUGGUUACUGUCGUGGGUCAGACUUCCUGAUGGAUGUAAACUACCUCCAUUACCUCUGGGAUGCCCGCCAGGCUAUCUCCACUGCCCGCAGGGCUUGCCGUUUAUGGUCGGCUUCUUAUGAUGGCAUCGACCCUCCACUUCAAGAGUAUCGAUCUGAUACACCUGGUAACAACAUGGAGGACGAGGAAGAGUUCAUGCAGCGAGUCAAGAGCGACUCCAUCUGCUCACUGGUUAUCAGUCCUCCGCCCUCUGCCCUCUCACCUACACCAUCCUCUUUAGAUAACAGCCAAGCAGGCAGGGCCGGCUCCGCCCUUGAACUGGAGUGGGAUGACAUUUUUGCAGAUGACAAUCCCUUGCCUUCAGUUGUGGUAAACGUGGUGCUGGCGAAUGGCGAUGUAUCAUUGGAGGCAGAUACAUGCACUUUUCCACCAGCACCUCCCCCACUGCCUCCUCGACACAUCCAGGAAAUGCGGCGCAAUGCAACCAAGCUGGUGCGCGGCUCUUAUGUUGAAGAAUCCGAGUUUCAGGAUGAUGUUCUUGUCUAUGAUCUCAUUGCUAAAAAGGACGCAAAGGCAGCCAUUUUGGAUCGGAUCAUGCUGACAAAUCGCCAAUCCCGUGGGAGCAUCUCGAAAGGACAGCGAGUUUCAGCAACAGCGACAACAUUAACAACGAUGUUAACAACAACAGGAAGGACGGUGAUGGAAACUGUAAACAGCAUUAUGUCGACGAGGAGGAGGAGCGAGGAUGCAGGAAAAGAAGAAAGAAGAAGGAGUGAGGACUGUGAAAAGGAGAUAGGGAGAACAAAGGAAGACGAAGAACAAGAAACCAAAAGGAUAUUUGGACACAGAGGGUCACUGGGAGAUCAGCUCUUUACCAAUGGCUUUAAUGUAAACAAUGACAUCAUCGACGAAUGUGAUGAUGCAGAUGAUGAUAUAAAGUCUUUAAAGCAAAACUGUCAAGUGAUUGACAUUACAGCUCAUGUCAGCCAUACACCUAGAGCACAUCAGCAACAUGAACAUGAAAGCAUACAAUCACCCUCAACAUGUUUAGUAAGAAACACUUUAACCAAUGGCCAUCAUGAAUCUGAAUCAUUUGACCGUCCCAUAUCUCCAAGUCUGCCUGACAACAACACAAACAACAAUGACUUCCUGUCCCAAUACUGUGAGCUCAUGCUGUCAUUAGGGGUAGAACCAGACUAUGAGGACAUCACAGAUGAUAUUGACACAUUCAGGAAGCGUGUCGAGGUGCUAAGGCAAAGACUUGAAGAGGACGAGGAAGAGCUUUGCACUGACUUUGGUUUUAGCUCCUCCGGGGAUGACAUUGGGGCAGAAGAAGAGGAAGAGAUGAUGCGAGAGGAAGAAGAAGUGGAGAAGAGCAGGAGCGACACAAAGAAAGGCGGCAGGAGACAUCAAAUUCCAUUUACAGGUCCAUUCAUCAGUGUGCUGUUGUCUCGGCUGGAGAACCUUCUCGAAAACUCUAUUGCUGUAAACCUGCUUGUGACAGGCAUCCUGGCCCAGUUGGCAUCGUACCCACAACCUCUCCUGAGAUCCUUCCUGCUCAGCACAGACACACAAAACCAGCCUAACGUUCGCACACUUUACCAGGUGCUGGUGUCGGUGCAUGCUCAGAUAGAGCGCUAUGUGAUGGCCAGACCAGACUAUCCAGCUCUAGUCACUCAGGCCUGGAGGUUCUUGUUGGCAAAAGACCAAGAUGGCAAAUUCAGAGAGUGCCUCCAGUCUCAGGGCGGUGACAUCAUCCUGGACCCAUCGCUUCCCAAUGGCUCUGUGAAGAACGCUCUGCCUUUGCCUCCUUUCAGUGUCUUGCCCCCCUGUCCUACUAUUCCCCCUCAAGCCAAGAGCCGAGUCUUCGCCAUUAUCCUGUACGCCGAGUUCCUGAAGGAGUUGGCUGCCUUGGCCCAGGAGCACAGCAUUGCCUUGGACUGUUAUUCUGAGGAGUAACAAAUGCAAACCCCUAGUUUAACUGUAAAAA